AUGCCCUCUAGUGGCUCAGUGUCUAGAAACCGCCAAAGAGGACGAGCCAUGACAUCUCGGGGCUUUGAGGGGUCCCGCCGCGGGAGUCUGCGGCGGGCAGGCGCGCGGGAGCCACCAAGGGAGGAGACGGACGCGACGGCCCAGGCUUCUGGGCUCUGGUCUUCGUCUUUUUUCACCUCUCCUCUGUUGGCUGCUGCGGCCCCUGCCACGGCCGACAUGGCGGCAGUGUUGCAGCAAGUCCUGGAGCGCACGGAGCUGAACAAGUUACCUAAGUCCGUCCAGAACAAACUUGAAAAGUUCCUUGCUGAUCAACAAUCGGAGAUCGAUGGCCUUAAGGGGCGGCACGAAAAAUUCAAGGUGGAGAGCGAACAACAGUACUUCGAGAUAGAGAAGAGGCUUUCCCACAGUCAGGAAAGACUGGUGAAUGAAACCCGAGACUGCCAAAACUUGCGGCUUGAACUAGAAAAACUCAACAAUCAACUGAAGGCACUAACUGAGAAAAACAAAGAACUUGAAAUUACUCACGAUCGUAAUAUUGCCAUUCAGAGCCAAUUUACAAGAACAAAGGAAGAAUUAGAAGCUGAGAAAAGAGACUUAAUUAGAACCAAUGAGAGACUAUCUCAAGAACUUGAAUAUUUAACAGAGGAUGUUAAACGUUUAAAUGAAAAGCUUAAAGACAGCAAUACAACAAAGGGUGAACUUCAGUUAAAAUUAGAUGAACUUCAAGCUUCUGAUGUUUCUGUUAAGUAUCGAGAGAAACGUUUGGAGCAAGAGAAAGAAUUACUACAUAAUCAAAAUACAUGGCUGAAUACAGAGUUAAAAACCAAAACCGAUGAACUUCUUGCCCUUGGCAGAGAAAAAGGAAAUGAGAUCCUAGAGCUUAAAUGUAAUCUGGAAAACAAAAAAGAAGAGGUUUCUAGAAUGGAAGAACAGAUGAAUGGCUUGAAAACAUCAAAUGAGCAUCUUCAGAAGCAUGUAGAGGAUCUGUUGACCAAAUUGAAAGAGGCCAAGGAACAGCAGGCCAAUAUGGAAGAGAAAUUCCACAAUGAAUUGAAUGCUCAUAUAAAACUCUCUAACUUGUACAAGAGUGCUGCUGAUGACUCAGAAGCAAAAAGCAAUGAACUGACCCGGGCAGUGGAUGAACUACACAAACUUUUGAAAGAAGCUGGUGAAGCCAACAAAGCAAUACAAGAUCAUCUUCUAGAGGUGGAAGAAUCUAAAGAUCAAAUGGAAAAAGAAAUGGUUGAGAAAAUAAGAAAAUUGGAGAAAGAACUGGAGAAUGCAAAUGACCUGCUUUCUGCCACAAAACGUAAAGGAGCCAUUUUAUCUGAAGAAGAACUUGCAGCCAUGUCUCCUACUGCAGCAGCUGUAGCUAAGAUAGUGAAACCUGGCAUGAAAUUAACUGAGCUGUAUAAUGCUUAUGUGGAAACACAGGAUCAGUUGCUUUUGGAGAAACUAGAGAACAAAAGAAUUAAUAAGUAUCUAGAUGAAAUAGUGAAAGAAGUUGAAGCCAAAGCACCGAUUUUGAAACGCCAGCGAGAAGAGUAUGAACGUGCACAGAAAGCUGUGGCAAGUUUAUCUGUUAAACUUGAACAAGCUAUGAAGGAGAUUCAGCGAUUGAGGGAGGACACUGAUAAAGCAAAUAAACAUUCUUCUGUGCUUGAAAGAGAUAAUCAAAGAAUGGAAAUACAAAUAAAAGAUCUUUCACAGCAGAUUAGAGUGCUUUUGAUGGAACUUGAAGAAGCAAGGGGUAACCAUGUCAUUCGUGAUGAGGAAGUAAGCUCUGCUGAUAUAAGUAGUUCGUCUGAAGUAAUAUCACAGCAUCUAGUAUCUUACAGAAAUAUUGAAGAGCUUCAACAGCAAAAUCAGCGUCUCUUAGUGGCUCUUAGGGAACUUGGGGAAACUAGAGAAAGAGAAGAACAAGAAACAACUUCAUCCAAAAUCACCGAGCUUCAGCUUAAACUUGAGAGCUCCCUCAUUGAAUUGGAACAACUCCGUGAAUCACGACAUCAUCAGAUGCAGCUCGUUGAUUCUAUAGUUCGUCAGCGUGACAUGUACCGUAUUUUGUUGUCACAGACAACAGGAGUUGUCAUUCCAUUACAAGCUUCAAAUUUAGAUGAUACAUCUCUUGUGUCAACUCCAAAACGUGCAAGUACAUCACAGACGGUUUCCACUCCUGCUCCAGUACCUGUUAUUGAGUCAGCAGAGGCUUUAGAAGCUAAGGCUGCCCUUAAACAGUUACAGGAAAUUUUUGAGAACUACAAAAAAGAAAAGACAGAUAAUGAAAAGAUACAAAAUGAGCAGCUUGAGAAGCUUCAAGAACAAGUUACAGAUUUGCGAUCGCAAAACACCAAAAUUUCUACCCAGCUAGAUUUUGCUUCCAAACGAUAUGAAAUGCUACAAGAUAACGUUGAAGGAUAUCGCCGAGAAAUAACAUCCCUACAUGAGAGAAAUCAGAAACUGACUGCAACAACUCAGAAACAGGAACAGAUCAUCAAUACUAUGACUCAGGAUUUGAGAGGAGCCAAUGAAAAGCUAGCUGUUGCAGAAGUAAGAGCGGAAAAUUUGAAGAAGGAAAAGGAAAUGCUUAAAUUGUCAGAAGUCCGUCUUUCUCAGCAGAGGGAGUCUUUAUUAGCUGAACAAAGAGGGCAAAACUUGUUGCUAACUAAUCUGCAAACAAUUCAGGGGAUUCUAGAGCGAUCUGAAACAGAAACCAAACAAAGGCUUAGUAGCCAGAUAGAAAAACUGGAGCAUGAGAUAAGUCAUUUAAAGAAGAAGUUGGAAAAUGAGGUGGAGCAAAGGCAUACACUUACGCGAAAUUUAGAUGUUCAACUUUUGGAUACAAAGAGACAGCUGGAUACUGAGAUGAAUCUUCAUCUUAACACAAAAGAAUUACUAAAAAAUGCUCAAAAGGAAAUUGCUGCAUUGAAACAGCACCUCAGUAAUAUGGAAGCCCAACUUGCUUCUCAGUCCUCACAAAGGACUGGGAAAGGCCAGCCUAGUGACAAAGAAGAUGUGGAUGAGCUUCGGAGUCAGCUAAGGCAAACAGAAGAACAGGUGAAUGAUUUGAAGGAGAGACUCAAAACAAGUACUAGUAAUGUGGAACAGUAUCGAGCAAUGGUUACUAGUUUAGAAGAAUCCCUCAACAAGGAAAAACAGGUGACAGAAGAAGUACGUAAGAAUAUUGAAGUUCGUUUAAAAGAGUCAGCUGAGUUUCAGACACAGUUGGAAAAGAAGUUGAUGGAAGUAGAGAAAGAAAAACAAGAACUCCAGGAUGACAAGAGAAAAGCCAUAGAGAGCAUGGAACAACAGCUGUCUGAGUUAAAGAAAACACUUUCUAGUGUUCAGAAUGAAGUACAAGAAGCUCUUCAGAGAGCAAGUACAGCUUUGAGUAAUGAACAGCAAGCCAGACGUGACUGUCAGGAACAAGCUAAAAUAGCUGUGGAAGCUCAAAAUAAAUAUGAAAGAGAAUUGAUGCUACAUGCUGCUGAUGUUGAAGCUUUACAAGCUGCCAAGGAACAGGUUUCAAAAAUGGCAUCAGUCCGUCAGCAUUUGGAAGAAACAACCCAGAAAGCAGAAUCACAGUUGUUGGAGUGUAAAGCAUCUUGGGAGGAGAGAGAGAGAGUGUUAAAGGAUGAAGUUUCCAAGUGUGUGUCUCGUUGUGAAGAUCUAGAGAAACAAAACAGAUUACUUCAUGAUCAAAUUGAAAAGUUAAGUGACAAGGUAGUUGCCUCUAUGAAGGAAGGUAUACAAGGUCCAUUGAAUAUAUCUCUCAGUGAAGAAGGAAAAUCUGAAGAACAAAUUUUAGAAAUUCUCAGAUUUAUACGGCGAGAAAAAGAAAUUGCUGAAACUAGAUUUGAGGUGGCACAGGUUGAGAGUCUGCGUUACCGACAAAGAGUUGAACUUUUAGAAAGAGAGCUUCAGGAACUGCAGGAUAGUCUAAAUGCUGAAAGGGAAAAAGUCCAGGUAACUGCAAAAACAAUGGCCCAGCAUGAAGAACUGAUGAAGAAAACAGAAACAAUGAAUGUAGUUAUGGAGACCAAUAAAAUGCUAAGAGAAGAAAAGGAAAGGCUAGAACAGGAUCUACAGCAGAUGCAAGCAAAGCAUCUGGUAAGCCAACAAAAAGAUCCAGAUACCGAAGAAUAUCGGAAGCUCCUUUCUGAAAAGGAAGUUCACACCAAGCGUAUUCAACAGUUGACUGAAGAAAUUGGAAAACUUAAAGCUGAAAUUGCAAGGUCAAAUGCAUCUUUGACUAACAACCAGAACUUAAUCCAGAGUCUAAGAGAAGAUUUAAAUAAAGUAAGAACUGAAAAGGAAAACAUCCAGAAGGACUUGGAUGCUAAAAUAGUUGAUAUCCAAGAAAAAGUCAAAACUAUUACUCAAGUCAAGAAAAUUGGACGUAGGUACAAGACUCAAUAUGAAGAACUUAAAGCACAACAGGAUAAGGUCAUGGAGACCUCAGCUCAGUCUUCUGGAGACCAUCAGGAACAGCAUGUCUCAGUCCAGGAAAUGCAGGAGCUCAAAGAAACCCUCAGCCAAGCUGAAACAAAGUCAAAAUCACUGGAGGGUCAAGUAGAUAGUCUUCAGAAGACAUUAUCUGAAAAAGAGAUGGAAGCAAGAAAUCUCCAAGAACAAACUGUGCAACUACAGUCUGAACUUUCACGACUUCGUCAGGAUCUCCAAGAUAGAACCACACAGGAGGAGCAGCUCAGACAGCAGAUUACUGAAAAGGAAGAAAAAACAAGAAAGGCUAUUGUAGCAGCAAAAUCAAAAAUUGCACACUUAGCUGGUGUAAAAGAUCAGCUAACUAAAGAAAAUGAGGAACUUAAACAAAGGAAUGGAGCCUUAGAUCAGCAGAAAGAUGAAUUGGAUGUACGUAUGACUGCUCUUAAGUCCCAAUAUGAAGGUCGAAUUAGUCGCUUGGAAAGAGAACUCAGGGAGCAUCAAGAGAGACACCUUGAGCAAAGAGAUGAGCCUCAAGAACCUACUAAUAAGGUCCCAGAACAGCAGAGACAGAUCACAUUGAAAACAACUCCAGCUUCUGGUGAAAGAGGAAUUGCCAGCACGUCAGAACCACCAACAGCCAAUAUUAAGCCAACUCCUGUGGUUUCUACUCCAAGUAAAGUAACAGCUGCAGCUAUGGCUGGAAAUAAGUCAACACCUAGAGCUAGUAUCCGCCCAAUGGUUACACCUGCAACUGUUACAAAUCCUACUACUACCCCAACAGCUACAGUGAUGCCCACUACACAAGUGGAGUCACAAGAAGCUAUGCAGUCAGAAGGUCCUGUGGAACAUGUUCCAGUUUUUGGAAGCACAAGUGGAUCUGUUCGUUCUACUAGUCCUAAUGUCCAGCCUUCUAUCUCUCAACCCAUUUUAACUGUUCAGCAGCAAACACAGGCUACAGCUUUUGUACAACCCACUCAACAGAGUCAUCCUCAGAUUGAGCCUGCAAAUCAAGAGCUGUCCCCAAACAUAGUAGAAGUUGUUCAGAGUUCACCAAUUGAGCGGCCUUCUACUUCCACAGCAGUAUUUGGCACUGUUUCAGCUACCCCAAGUUCUUCUUUGUCAAAGCGUACACGUGAAGAGGAAGAUGAUAGCACCAUAGAAACAUCAGACCAAGUGUCUGAUGAUACAGUGGAAAUGCCUAUUCCAAAGAAAUUGAAAAGUAUUACACCGGUAGGACCUGAGGAAGAAGUUAUGGCAGAAGAAAGUACUGAUGGAGAGGUAGAGACUCAAGUAUACAACCAGGAUUCCCAAGAUUCUAUUGGAGAAGGUGUCACCCAGGGAGAUUAUACUCCUAUGGAAGACAGUGAAGAAACUUCUCAGUCUCUUCAAAUAGAUCUUGGACCCCUUCAGUCAGAUCAGCAAACAACUUCAUCCCAGGAUGGUCAGGGCAAAGGAGAUGAUGUCAUUGUUAUUGACAGUGAUGAUGAAGAAGAGGAUGAUGAUGACAAUGACGGAGAACAUGAGGAUUAUGAGGAAGAUGAGGAAGAAGAUGAUGAUGAUGAAGACGAUACAGGGAUGGGAGACGAGGGUGAAGACAGUAAUGAAGGAACUGGUAGUGCAGAUGGCAAUGAUGGAUAUGAAGUUGACGAUGCUGAGGGUGGUGAUGGGACUGAUCCUGGUACAGAAACAGAAGAAAGUAUGGGUGGAGGUGAAAGUCAUCAGAGAGCUGCUGAUUCUCAAAACAGUGGUGAAGGAAAUACAGGUACUGCAGAGUCUUCUUAUUCGCAGGAGAUUUCUAGAGAACAGCAGCCAUCAUCAGCAUGUGAAAGGCAGACCCCUCGAGCACCUCAGUCACCUAGACGCCCACCACAUCCACUUCCCCCACGACUGACCAUUCAUGCUCCACCUCAAGAACUAGGACCACCAGUUCAGAGAAUUCAGAUGACCCGGAGGCAGUCUGUAGGCCGUGGCCUUCAGUUGACUCCAGGAAUAGGUGGCAUGCAGCAGCAUUUUUUUGAUGAUGAAGACAGAACAGUUCCGAGUACCCCAACUCUUGUGGUGCCACAUCGUACUGAUGGAUUUGCUGAAGCAAUUCACUCCCCACAAGUUGCUGGUGUUCCUAGAUUCCGGUUUGGACCACCUGAAGAUAUGCCACAAACUAGUUCCAGUCACUCUGAUCUUGGCCAGCUUGCUUCUCAAGGAGGUUUAGGAAUGUAUGAAACACCCCUCUUCCUAGCUCAUGAAGAAGAGUCUGGUGGCCGAAGUGUUCCCACCACUCCUCUACAAGUAGCAGCCCCGGUGACUGUAUUUACUGAGAGUGCUACUUCUGAUGCUUCAGAACAUGCCUCUCAGUCUGUCCCAAUGGUGACAACAUCCACUGGCACUUUAUCCACAACAAAUGAAACAGCAGCAGGUGAUGAUGGAGAUGAAGUAUUUGUAGAGGCAGAAUCUGAAGGUAUUAGCUCAGAGGCAGGGCUCGAAAUUGAUAGCCAGCAGGAAGAAGAGCCUGUUCAGGCUUCUGAUGAGUCAGAUCUUCCUUCCACCAGCCAGGAUCCUCCUUCCAGCUCUUCUGUAGAUACUAGUAGUAGUCAACCAAAGCCUUUCAGACGAGUAAGACUUCAGACAACAUUGAGACAGGGUGUCCGUGGCCGUCACUUUAACAGACAGAGAGGUGUGAGCCAUGCAAUGGGAGGGAGAGGAGGAAUAAACAGAGGAAAUAUUAAUUAA